UAGAUAGAUAGAUAGAGAGAAUAUACUUAAUCUUCUGUCAAUGGAAGUGUUUGACACGGUAACAGAAUGAGCUCAUGAAGUGUUUAUGUACACAUGUAAUUACUUGCAUAACACUAUAUUAAAUAUAGGAUAUGGUUGCGCUUUUUUAGACAAAGAUAAAACAGGAUUAUAUAAGAGGAGUUCCUUUGCACUAUUAUUACUUGGUAAUUUUACAGUACCAAAAAACAGUUUUUCAUUAAAAAUAUUACAAUUAAAAAAGAUUAGGUUGGUGGUUCUGAUGGAUGUAAGCCUUAAGAAACUGGGAUAACAUUAUAAUUCAUUAAUUUACAUGAUGAGACAAAGGAUGGGACUAGCACUCCAUCCCGUUAUCAGCUACAAGUACAAGUAAGUGCGUUACAAGGUUUAUUUGAUUUCAUUUUCGCUUCAUAUCAGUCAAAGAACAGUCAUUUCACGAAUCAGUAACCCUUAAUGUUAAACCAGGACAUAAGAAUCUGAGAAUAUAUCUUUAGCGCACGUUCGGCAACUAAACAAACGCAACCUUGUGAUUCUGUAAUGCGAGACAGAGGCAUGUUGCUCUGGCUUCGGUUCGCGGAAACGGGCGGGCUUAACUCAAACGUUCUGAGCCUCGACCAAUCGCAGCGAUCAAGGAAAAAGGGCUAGGAAGGGGUUAAGUGUGGCCCUCCCUGUGGCAUUUGUCACAUUGCUCUCUCCACAGCUUUUGCACUUGCAGUUGUUGAAGUUCAGUCUCUUCGUUUGGAUUCGGGACAAUUCACUGACCAACAACAAUAUACAAGACGAGAGCGUCAGAAACACAGCGCAUAUAUUUACAAACGUCAUGAUGUCUUUUGGCUACCCUGCCUUCACGGAUACGUUCGUACACAAUCCUCUCAGCUUCGGCGAUUUCCUCGCGACAGGAGCUGCCACCAGCGUCGACACACCAACAUCGACACACCACGGCACCUCUUUUCGAAGUCUCGAUGUCUCAAGAUGGCGAGGUCAGGAAUGCCUCGAGUGGGUCACAAGUGUCUGCCGUGAGCGAGGCAUUGACAGGCACUCCGUCAAUCUGACAGCUUUCAGAGACACAACCGGCGCCGUUCUCAUGAACUUCUCUCUGUACGAUUUCUGUAACUUCGACAGCGUCUACGGAUCUCUGUUCUACGAGGAAUUUCAGCAAAUGUGCCACACGAAAAAUACAA